UUUGUUACAGAACAUGUCAGCCGGAGCUGUUCGUGCCCCACUUGUUAUCCCCUUGAGAAACCCAGAUUCAGGCCUUUUCAAAUCAUAUCUGGAUACAAAUACAUAUUUGGAUCUUACUUGCGAUACGCCAGAUGUAGCUAUUUACUUUACGAUUAAUGGAAAUAGACCGACAGUUGCGAAAAGUAGGAAAGAACUUCAAAAUAGCGGAACAUAUAAAUUUCAGAAGCCUUUUACUUUACCACCUGGGUGUCAUACCUUACGAGCAGUAGCUGUUUCUUUGGACAAUGGCAAUGAAAGCAGCGUAGUUACAAAGACGUUCGAUGUGGUUAAAGUCAAAAGUUCUCAUGGUAGAGAAAAACCUAACUCUACGGAUGAUUAUGCCUUUCUCAAUGAACUAAAGUUUAUCGAUUCCAAACGUCAAAGACAACUGUCAGAAGCUGAUCGUUCUGAUACUCAUGAUUCUAUUCAUCGUCUAUCGGAGAAAAGUAGUGAAGGCGUCCGAAAAUUUUCUUCAGAAAAAAAUUGCAGUCACAUCUUCAAGCAGUCUACUAAAGAUCAAGAAAACCAGGUUAUUUUGAAAUGUGAGCCUGUACUAUCAGCACAGAGUCAGGAUAAUAAUAGACCAGUAAAAUCGUCAUUAACUCAUGAAUACCCUGAUCUUUCAUCGCAUAUGAUUAAUAAACUUCAGCAGAAGACUGACAUUUUACGAUGCCCCAACUGUCAUCAUCCAAGACCAGUGAGUAGAAAACAAAACUUUUGCUUUCAUUGCGGUAUAAAUCUACCUAUACUAUCAUCUCCAAAAUAUGGUUCUUCUGCUUUAGAGAAUAUUGGUGUGUGCCCGUAUUGUAAAGCGCAUAUACCAUUAAAUUUAACUAGUUGUUUAGUUUGUGAAAGCCCACUACAAAUACAAAAGUAUGGACAAUAUCCUAAAGAAUCUCGUUUGUGUACAACAUGUAAAACAAUUAAUCCUACUGAUGCAAAAAGUUGUAUAAUUUGUGAAUCCAGAUUACCAACAGGAGCAACUAAUGUCAUUCUUUCACGUUUCGAGCCUACAUAUGAUUCUCGUCCUCCGCUACCUUAUCCAGAAGUCUGCAAAAGUGUACGUUUUUCUUCUUGUCCUUAUUGCCAUCGUGAAAAUAAUCUUGAUGCUCGAUAUUGUGAUUGGUGUGGUUCAGAAGUACCAAAGCAUUAUCCACAAUCAUUAAAUGGUGGUGAACUGAGAUCCUCAGAUCAUAAUAUUGGUAAUAGACAGACAAGCAACAUGAGUUCUACCGAUUCGAUUCGAGACACAUUAUCUGUUGGUUUGCAUAACCCUUCAAAUGGUUAUCAAAAUCAAAUUACCCUACGAGAUGGUUUUAUUCAUUGCAUGAAAUGCGAUUUACCAAAUCCCAAAGAAGCAAAUUAUUGUUCUUAUUGUGGAUUAAACGUGCUUCCUCCUCCACGUUGUACUGGAUGGUUUCCGAUGAGCAAUGCAUCAAGUCAGCAUGAAUUUGAGACUGUCGGAAAUCAAUCAGAAAAAUCAGUUUCACAACACAAGUAUUCACAACCUGUAGUUGCAAAUGCUUCUACACAAACUUAUGGGUUAUUCUAUCCAAGUUCAGCAGACUUACGACGUCAAAAUCAAUCACCACAAAAUCGUUCACCAGGUGAUGUUCAACUGAGAGACAGAACACCUACACUUACUGCAAUAAGUCCUGGAAGAGGUUUUUGGAGAAAACAAUUAGACCAUAUAUUUGCACAUUUAAAAUUAUACACAAAUAAUAAUUCAGAAUUUCGUGCGUCAAUUGGUCAACCUAGAUUUGGCAAACUUUUGUCUGCAGACCUAUGUGAAGCGGCACCCAAUCUGGCAAAAAUUACUUUAAUCUAUUCACUACCGAAUAACAAAAACAAUACAACUAUGACACUAAAUAGAACUGUUUCAAAUAAGACUCCUUUGGAUUUAAAUUACUACGAUAAUCCUAAUGAUGAUGUGACUCCUCAACCCAAUAAAUUCGUUGAUCAAACUAAACACAACUCCUGUGACGUAACAGAUAGUAAAUACGGUUAUGAUUUAGAUCAGAAACCGAUUGACAGUAAAUCACAUAGCAAGCAGUUUACCAAUUUUUUUCCUACAACAGAUGAUCAUUAUGAGUCUUUCCGACCCAACCCGAAUCGACGAGGUAUACCUGAUAAUGAUAGUAACCGAUCAUCUUCUACAUCGCGUAAAAUGGAUGACCAUCACAAUAAAAGUAAAACUAAUUCAAUUGAAUGGGGAGAUGAUGAUAACCAUGAUGACGAUAAUGUAUCUAGACAAAUGACACAAUCUCCUAUUAAAUCUAUAAGCCCUUUAAAAGCAAAAUCAAAUGAUAAAUCACCGAUUAUGCAAUCUAAUCCUAAUGCACAAUAUGGUGAAGUUGGUGUUGCUCUACUAAGAAAUUCCAAAUUAUCAACUUCAGAUCUUAAUUUAUUCAGUACGUUAAGUCAACCGAAAAUCGAUAUUCAUGAAGUUAAACGACUUCUCAAUGAAGGUGCAAAUCCAAAUUGUAUUAAUGCUGCUAAAGAAACACCAUUAAUUUGUGCUGUACGUCAUGGUUUUGUUGAAGCUAUAUCUGUACUAAAAGAAAAUGGUGCACAGGUUAAUGCUACCGGAACAUCAUUAGGCAAUACAGCAUUACAUGAAGCAGUUCUACGUGGCAUCGAUGGAUUAGAAUUAACCAAAGAGUUAUUAAAGUGUGGUGCAAACAUGAAAAUAGAAAAUAAUCGUAAAGAAACACCAUACUCGUUAGCAUUACAUUCGAACUGUGAACCGUUAAUUCGACUAUUUGCUUUACAUUUAGGUCAAAAACAAUUGAAAGAAUUCGCUGAUGAUGAUACUACAGAUCGAAUUGGCUUAAAAUUGAACAGCUCUCUCAAUAUAGUAUAAUCAUAUCGUUAAAUGCGUACGCACACUGCACAAUUCCUCUUUAUGUCUCUGCAACCCAGUGUUUUAUUAUUAUUCAUUUCUCACAAGUAACCUAAUCCACAUAUCUUCAUUAAAAUAGGAAACAAGUAACUGUAACUAGUUUUUAAGUCCUAUGAACUUUCACUUCUCAUUCAGCUGGUUGUUAUUCUUAAAAGCAGAAAAAUCUCAUAUACCUCUUACGAACAUUCUAUGAAUACGCUUAGCGGAAGGAUAAAUUUACUCUACAUCUACCUCAUUACUUACUACAACAUUUCGUCGUUGUAAGUGACAAUGAUAUUCUGUUAUGAAUAAUAUACUUAGAGAAAAAGAUACUUUUUCUGAAUAAAUCGCUAUAUUGAAUA